AUGAAUCGUACCCGAAUCGUGCCCGAAGGGAUUCAGGAAUCCCGUGACAGCCAGCAGGAAGUUCAACAGGAUACUAUCCUAGUGGAAGAAGAAGAAGAAGACAUCACGAACCCACAACCACACAUACCUCAGGGGGUGACUGUACCGAUAACCCCAGAACCGGACGAGAGAAGCCACGAUCCUUUAAACGACACACUACCUGGUUCAUUUCCUACUGAAGCGCCACUAGAAGUACCGCUGAGUCCACCAGAAGAGCCGAUUACCUCUGAACUUAGCACUACGACUGCUCAGGGGGUGGACCAGCAGACAACUACUCAGACUAAAGAACAGGAUGUCUGCGAGGAUGAUGACCAGCCGACAGAGCCAGAUCUUCCAGAUCGUCCGGAAGAAGAACAACCUGAGUCGCUCUCGGACAGUGAACAACAGCUACAUGCUGAGCUCCACACACAAAGAAACGAUGGCGUCGAUACGACCAAUAUCAUCGAAGGACAUAGACAGCGAAGACCGAGGGUAGAUCCUGAUUAUUAUGCGUACACAACCUUACCUACUAUCGAAGACGAUCCACCAGAGCUUUUACGUACGUUCGCAGCAGCACUAUACACAGAGAAGCCGCUCCAACGUCAUCGAGAUGAUCUGCCCCCUCCGCCAGAUGGAUGGAAGAAUAUGAUAAAACACCCGAUAGCCGAAGGCUUCCUAGCCGCCUGCGCCAAAGAAAUAAGAUCCCUACAAGAGAAAUCGACGUUUACAGUGACCAAUCGGCCGAAAGACGUCUCGAAACAGGUCCUACCCCUCCGAUGGGUAUUCGCAUACAAGUUCGACCAAGAUGGCUAUCUUCAGAAGCUGAAAGCACGUAUCUGUGUACGAGGUGACCAGGAAAUGAUAACCCAUGAGGAUAAAAGGGCUGUGACACUUGCAGCGAGGGCAGCAAGAGUAAUAUUCGCCCUUGUUGCAGCAUUCAACCUGGAUUUACGACAGCGGGAUGCAGUUACUGCAUUCCUAAAUAGCACCUUGCCUACCGAGACCUAUACAAAGAUGCCAGAAGGUUUUGAACAGAUGGGAAUGUGCUGGAAACUUAAUCGUGCGCUAUAUGGGCUACGAAUAUCGCCAAAGUUGUGGCAACAGGAAGCAUCGAGAGUUCUUGUGAAACUUGGGCUUACACCGGUUCCCGAAGACCCAUGUGUCUUUACCACACGCGGUAUUAUCGUCUUCUUUUAUGUAGAUGACUUUAUUAUUGCCAGCCACCCGUCUGUGCGAGAGAAAGCCCGCCAGCUUGAGAAGAAUCUAGAGGCACAUUGGGAGCUUACAGAUCAUGGAGAAGCAGAGUGGUUCUUGAAUAUUCGGAUCGUACGCGAUCGGAAGCUGCAGAAGCUCUGGCUAUGCCAGGACGCCCAUAUCAGCAGUAUGGCUGCAAGAUAUCACCUGACUGAUCGCCCGCCUGUCUUUACACCUCUCCCCGUGGAAGAAAUGAUGCCAUUCGAUGGUACGGCAACAGCAGCUGAUAUUAAGCUAUAUCAAGGGAAAGUAGGUUCAAUCCAAUACCCUACAUCGAUAACCAGACCAGAUGCAGCGAAAGCAGCCGCAAAAUUAUCACAGUUCCUGCGGAACCCAGGCCCUCAGCACCACCGAGCAGUUGACAGAUUGAUCUGUUAUCUUUAUUCCACACGAUAUCUAGCACUGCAGUACGGCGAAAAGGGAGGCAUGGAAUCAGUUGAAAUCGCAAGUGACGCAUCCUUCGCAGAUAAUCAAGAUCGACGGAGCUCUGCAGGUUAUAUCUGCCAAGUUUAUGGUGGCCCAGUCGAUUGGAAGGCCACGAAGCAGCCUACUGUCACCACAUCCACCACUGAAGCUGAGCUUUUGGGUUUGUCAGACGCUGCACGCUCGCUACAGUGGUGGAAGCGAUUCCUCGGGCGUAUCUCAUUCGAACCAAGCCAGACGAUCACCCUGCGAUGUGAUAAUCAACAGACCGUCACAUUACUGAACUCCGAGCACGCCAAAAUCGAUACGAAACUUCGUCAUGUCGAUAUACACGGACACUGGCUGAGACAAGAGAUCAGAGAAGGAAGAAUCAAUAUCAAAUGGGUUCCAACUGCCAAGAUGGCGGCAGAUGGCCUUACGAAGAUCCUGCCACGCAAGAAACAUGAGGAGUUUGUUAGAACACUCCGUAUGGAGGAUAUAAAACACCUAAUCGAAGUGUAA